AUGUCCCUGGAAGAGGCCACGCCGAGCGCUGUGCCAGUGACGCACUGGAAGACCUAUGACUUCUUCGAGGACCAGGACGAGCUCUCGAGUGCAUCCACGCAGGAGACGUCCAGCGAAGAAGAUGAGGUGACUCAAGUACUCACCUUCGACCCCUUCGAGCCGAUCUUGGCGAAGCCUCACGUCUCGCGGCUGGUGCCCUUUGUCGUUCCCGCUGCGAGUCCCCGGAUGAUGCGCUGGCGCGUGGAGGGGCGCAAGCUGCAGACGUCGGAGAAGCAGGUGUUGUCUCCGCUCUUCCAUGUGGAUCCAUCGUUCCGUAUCAUGAUCCUGGCCAAGCAGACCCGCGGCAAGCACCAGCAGGGAUUCGCGAAGGCCAAGGGCUUUGGACGCAUCUUCCUGAAGUGCCAGUGCUCGGAGCUUGUCCCCCGGCUCCAGGCGCGCGUCACUGUCACUGGGGCCAACAUGGAAACCCGUGGGCCGUUCCGCCAUGACUUCAAUGAGAGCUCCUGCUGCCCGCUGGGGGAGUUGUGGGACCUGACAAGCCUGCUGGACAACAACAAGAGCCUCGAUGUCGAGGUGGAGCUGUCACCGAUUUGA